UUGUUAUCAACCACUGACAAUUGGCGUAUGUUUAUGUCUUUCUUUUAUUUUCCGUUCGUUUAAUGCCCAUUCUAUUAUUUGCAAAAAUGUACCGAGUGUUUGGUGGCUAAACAGUUUUUUUUUCACAAUGAAACAAAUUUACACGACGAUUGUUGACGCGAUGUUCUACGCAUGACUUAUUGGUUUGUUGUGUUCGAUGUCGAACCUAUGCAAUUACCAAUUGCAAUUAAAGGAUUUCGAUCCGCUGGUUUGAUCUACUAUUUUCACAACAAUGGAUUAUCCCGUUCACAAAGAUCACAUGAAUUUUGUAUGGAUGAAUGGAGACAAUAAUAUGUUUAUUCCCCACUCUGAAAAUGAACAUACAACAGCAAUAGAUCCACCAUUCUUUGAUAAUUCAAUCCCACAAACAGGAAACAUUCAACCUAGAAUGGAAUUGAACAAUUACAUGUUAUACAAUCAUCCAAAGGAUAUGGAUAACUCAAAUGGAAUAUGGAAAUUCCAAAAUGCACGCAGUAUUCAGAAUGUUGGCUUUUGUGAACAAGGAAGAAAAAUAAAUGGACCUAGCUCUAGAAAAAUUAAACCUAUUCAAAAUCCUGCUUUAAAAUUAAAAACUCCUAUUGCAUAUCAAAGAGAUUCAGACCCUAACAUGUUACCUAUUGAAAAAGAAGGAAGAGCGGUUUGUAUAAAUUGUGGUGCAAUUGGUGUUAAACACUCAUUUUACACAAAACUAAGAAAUUACUGCAGUCAAGCUUGUGUUAAGGCAGCUAUGGAAAAGUCUGUGGAUUAUUGGACUGAAGAAUCUCCAAAUAAAAGUAUAGCUGAUGAACUAGAAUCAUCUUCUACUUCUGUAAAUGAUGAACAUGUAUUUACUGAAAUGCCCAAAAUUGAUGUGAAUAAUUAUAUUGUUCCUGCUGCAAAUAGUGAAGUUAAAGCUGAUAAAAUUAUGGAAGAUGAGUCUGAAUCUGACGAUUCACUUUCUUUUACUUCAUAUCCUGUUGAAGAAGAUUUAUUGUUUCCUCCUGAUAAAAAACCUUGUCGGCCAAUUCCCCAAACAUAUGAUUGGGCAAAAGAUUUGACUAACAAAAAUUAUGAUGUAGUUCCUGUUCAAUGUUUCCGUUAUGCUCCUAUGGCCGAUUGUUGGGAUGAUAUAGCAGUUGGAAUUAAAGUUGAAGUUGUAAAUACAGAUUGUGAUAAUUUUAGUGAAGAAUUUCCUGACUACUAUUGGGUUGCUUCUAUAGUUGAUAUUGCUGGAUAUAAAGCAAAAUUACGUUAUGAGGGAUAUGAAUCGGAAGAAAGUAGUGAUUUUUGGGUAAAUUUAUGUUCUUGCGUUGUUCAUCCAGUUGGAUGGUGUGCGACAAGGGGUAAACCAUUAAUACCUCCAAAGUCUAUUCAAUCAAAACAUAGUGAUUGGAAAGAUUUUUUAGUUAAGCGUUUAACUGGAGCUAGAACAUUACCUUCAAAUUUUCGCUUAAAAAUAUUUGAAUCUCUGAAAUCCAAAUUUCGAAUUGAUUUAACUUUGGAAUUAAUUGAUAAAGAGCAUAUAUCAAAAGUUAAAGUAGCCAAAAUUCUUAAUAUAAUCGGUAAACGGUUAGAACUAAGGUAUUAUGAUGAUGAAGAACAAGUAUUUUGGGUACACGAAGACUCACCAUUAAUUCAUCCAGUUGGUUGGGCUGGCCGAGUAGGUCAUAAUUUGUGUGCUCCUGAUGAAUAUUGUGAUAGAACAUCAAAAGGUUUACGUGAUAAAGAUGAUGCUACUGAAGAUCUUUUUCCAAUGUCAAUACCAUUUAAGUCAGGUUUUCAAGUUGGAAUGAAGCUGGAAGCAAUUGAUCCUUUAAAUCUUGCAUCAAUAUGUGUUGCAACAAUUAUGAAAGUUUUGAAUGAUGGUUAUUUAAUGAUCUCUAUUGACUUUUAUAAUAGUACACCAAAAGAUUGGUUUUGUUAUCAUUGUACAUCAGCAAGCAUUAUGCCAGCUGGUUUUUGUGAAGCACAUGGUAUUAAUUUAAAACCCCCUCAAAAUUCUAUUACUCCAUUUGUGUGGAAAGAUUAUUUAGUAAGUUCUAGCAGUAUAGCAGCCCCAGAACAUCUCUUCGAUACGGAAGUACCUGAUCAUGGAUUUAAAUGUGGUAUGAAACUUGAGUGUACUGAUUUAAUGAAUCCUCAUUUAAUAUGUGUGGCGACUAUAGCAAGAACAGCUGGAAGAUUAAUAGAAGUUCAUUUUGAUGGAUGGGAAAAUGACUUUAAUCAAUGGUUAGAUUGUUGUUCAUCUGAUAUAUUUCCAGUUGGUUGGUGUGAAUUAGUUGGUUAUAAAUUAGAAGGACCUAUCAUACAACCUGCUCAAGAGCAUCGACCUAGUAAACAUAAGAAGAAAAAACCAAAGAAAAAUCUACGUGUACCAGCCAAAAAAGUAACUGCACCACCUUUAGUAGUACAUACAAAGGUUCCUACUUCUUGUUAUACUUCUGUGGAUGUCUGUCAGACAUGGACUUCUAAAAAUAAAAUAACUUGUGAACUAAGUCCAGUUUCAGCAGCUGAACCUUUAGGUCCAGAUCAAUCUCUACCAGUUGCUAGUGAAAAUAACGCAACAAGUAUUAAGGAUGAACCUGAAUCAAAGCGAUCAUUUUUGGAAAAAGAUACAAAUAUGUGGAACGAAAGAGAUGUAUCAGAGUUUUUACUAUUCAAUCAGUGUGCAACGUACUGUGAUGUUUUUUUAAGCCAAAAUAUUAAUGGUAUACAAUUGUUGAAUCUCACCAAAGAAGAAAUUAUACACAUGACAGGAAAUAAAGUUGGGCCAUCACUGAAAAUAUUUGAUCUUAUUCAAAAAUUGAAAAACAAAACUAAAAGAAAAAAAUAUCUGUGAAUUGACCUUAUGACUUGUGUUUGUGAUUUUAUAUGCAAACAUAAUUUAUAAUAUAAUAUUUAUAAUGAUAGUUGAUAAUAAUAAUUAUCAUUACAACUUAUGGUUAUUAAAUCGAAUUACACUAAAUGUUAAAUAUGUAUUUAUAGUUAAAUACUAAAUAGUCUAGUGAACAAGUGAACACUAUUCGACUUAGAUUGGUUAAAUAGUUUUAAUCUAUAUUUUAAUACGAUUAGAAAUAAUAACAGACUAAUAAUGGAAAUUGUUUUUGCUCAACUAGUAAUUUUAAAUCUGAUUGAAAUAUAAUUCAUUAUUUUUAGAAAAUUUUAAUUUUUUACAAAUGAUUGAAAUAUUAUAAAAUAUGUUAAAUUAUUUAUUAUAGUAUACAUGAAAGUUUCACAUUAACACCAAUAAUAGUGUUAUUUUAUUAAUUCUUUACUAAUAAGUAAUUAAUGACGUAUGACUUAAGUAUUAUUGAGCUUUUCAUCUGUUGACUAAAAUUAUAUAAGAAAUCAUUUUUAUAAAAAGUUAUAACAUUAGAACAAUUUGUACACUAUAAAUAUUAUCCAUUUUUAUUUAUUAACAUUACACGGUAAAUUCAAAUAUUUAGUACUGUAUCAUUUUUAGUUUAUUAGUAUUUAUUAUUUAUGUAUACUAUUAUUUUUUUUUUUUUGUUUAAUUUAUUCAUUUUAGUAUUUAAUUAUAAACAGCUAAUGGCAAUCAUGGUGGGAAUGGAGUUGUUAAUAUGUACCCUUCCCAUCACCACUGUGGCCUUUUUUUAUACUUACUAAGCAAUAAUUUGUACGCAUUAUCAGAAUUAGAUGUAAUAUUGACUUUUGAUAUAUUGUAAUACAAUCCACUGUCUAAUCAAAUAUAGUUUAGUAUUAUUGAUUUA